GGCACGUACGAGUUGGACCGAAGGAUCUGUUUCUGUGCUUUACAAAUGUAUGACUCUCAGAGCUGAUGAAUGUUUCCGGCGCUUCCUACUUUGAGUUGGAUUUCCAGUAUCUGCAGUAACUUGCUUUAUUAUGCAAAAUAACGAUGACGCAUCGGGAAAGUCCGCCAAGUGAACUUGGUUGCUGUGGAUUUGUGCAAGUUUGGAGGCGACUUCCUGUUGCGAGGAGACAGUCUACCAGAGCAGUAAAGCUGCUGCCAGGGGUUAGGGAAGUCUUGCGCCGGAUUAGGCAGGCCGGGGGCUCCUGCCCGGGGUCUGUACUGUCUCUGGAUCCGGCCGAGAGAUUGAAGAGCUUGGUUACAAUGUGUCGGAGUAGAGGCUCAGUAUCGAGCCUGCUGCUUUCCUUUGUACUUUGCCUCUGCCGUUCACUCCACGGACAAAGGCCAUUUGAAAUUUCGCCUCCUGUGAACUUAUCUAUAACGUCUUAUAAUUUCCAUACUGUCUUAAAAUGGGAUGUCAUUGAUCCAUCUAGAAACAUGCGGUUUAAUGUUAAAAUCAAAGAUUACAGCAUUUCAACCUCGACACCUUUCUUGCCAUGUUUAAAUAUUUCAACACGCUAUUGUGAUCUCAGUGAUGGUUUUUUACCCGACGGAGGUAAACUGGGCUAUUACGCCCAAGUUAAUGCAGUUACAGAAACACAGAAGUCAGACUUUGUUUCCACUAAUCGGUUCACUUUUAAUUUAAAUGCCUCUAUAGGUCCUCCUGAUGUAAAGCUUAAAGCUGAUAACACUGAUAUAAUAGCGGAAGUAUAUUUUAUGCUUGCUAAUUCCACUAAGAAAAGGAAUGCAAAGAUUUUGAACCAGUUAUCAUAUAAUAUUUACUGGCAUUCUGAAACCUCGAAGCUGGUAAGAUUUCAAUAUUUUCAAGUUUGUUUCUCUACUAUUGCUACACAAAAUAAGGUUUUCUUUUGGGGGAAAAAAGUUCUUCUGUUUUUUGAAUAG